AUCUUGUUAGCCUUAAUGUGGAAAUUAACCACAUGUAGGUCUUACUACCUCUUUGAUGGCUAUGCACACCUUUCUUCUGGUCUUGCUUGUGGUGCUGGUCUCUCAGCUGGUAUGGCCAUUGGUAUUGUCGGAGAUGCGGGCGUUAGGGCAAAUGCUCAACAGCCUAAGCUCUUUGUUGGGAUGAUUCUUAUCCUCAUCUUUGCGGAAGCACUUGCUCUUUACGGCCUCAUUGUAGGCAUUAUCUUAUCUUCUCGAGCUGGUCAGUCCAGAGCAGAAUGAGGAACCAAAACAAAUGUCAAAAAUUUCCACUACUUGCAUAUCGAUCAACUAAUUUGUGCGGUAUGUAGCAUUGAGAACCAAUACUUCUUGCAUGUAUGGUCUCCUAUAAAUUAAGAUAAGGUCGUUCUUAUCUUCUGUCUUAAACUUGUCUUUGUUUCAAAUGAAAAUUGCAAUCUACCACACAGAGUUUUCAUAUGAAAUCGUACGAUGUCAUGAAAGCCAGAGAUUAUAAGAUACUCGAGUCACUACUAACUUA